AUGGAACCAUGUAUCCCUCCAGGCUUUCGAUUUCACCCCACCGAGGAAGAACUCGUUGGCUACUACUUAAACAGAAGAGUUAACGCCAUGAAAAUUGAUCUUGACAUCAUCACUGACAUUGAUCUCUACAGAAUGGAGCCCUGGGACAUUCAAGAUCAGUGCAAAUCGGGAUAUGAAGAACAAAAUGAGUGGUACUUUUUCAGUCACAAGGACAGGAAGUAUCCAACAGGAACGCGAACAAACAGGGCAACUGCUGCCGGUUUCUGGAAGGCAACCGGAAGGGAUAAGGCAGUGCUUUCGAAUGACAAAAUGAUAGGGAUGAGGAAGACAUUAGUAUUCUACAAAGGACGCGCACCAAAUGGACAGAAAACUGACUGGAUCAUGCACGAAUAUCGGCUCCAAACAUCUGAACAUGGACCCUCUCAGGAAGAAGGAUGGGUGGUUUGUCGCGCAUUCAAGAAGCCGAGCCCAAAUCAGAAGCAAGGUUUUGAAGCAUGGAAUAAUGUUUACUAUACCAGAUCAAUCAACAGAAAUGACAGGCCUAAUUCAUCAUAUCCAAGCACCCCGAAUGCAAUGCAACCUUUCGAUCCAAUUAAUCAAGGGACGAAUUUUCAGCAGUCUCCAUUUGCUCCGGUUUUCGAAAAUCAAAUAGUUGAACUUCCAGAACUCGAUAGCCCAGCUAUGUUAACAAGUGAUUUUACGACGAAAGAAAGUUUACUUUUCGACAGUAAUGCAAUAUUUGGGAAUGAAGAGUCGACCGAGGAUUAUAAAAGCAAUUAUGGGGAUCAAAUUAGUGAUUGGAAGAGCUUGGAUAUGUUACUUGCAUCAGAAGUAACUGAGCCUUCAUCACAUGCUUACACAAACCUGUUAUUAAUGUCCCAAAACAGUGAGCAAACCAUGUCAGCCAAUUACUCGAAUGCUUUCCCGACUUUUAGUUAA